AUGCUCAUCCGUUCUACCCUCGGUGCCUCGUUCGGUGUCAUCUUCUCUGUCCUCCUCUUCAAGCGUCGCGCAUGGCCUGCCUUUGUCGGUUUCGGUUUCGGUGCCGGUAGAGCCUGGGAGGAGUGCGACAACCGCGCUGCUGCCCCCACCAGAGACGGUCUGAGAACCAUGAGACAAUAA